AUACUAGCGAUCCUGUCGACAAUACAUGAAUUUAACUAGUUGUUCCGAAUUUUGCUUACUGUUUGAUUUGACUUGAAUCGAUCUCGUUUUAUCGUACAUUAUGUCUACUGUCCUUGUACCCGAAAUUCCUGCUCCAGGAUUUUCUUUCGAUCUCUGUCAGCGGAAUAAGUUUUUAUUAAAGAAAGGAUUUAAGGCUCCGUCCGCUAUUAAGACAGGUACUACUAUUGCAGGAGUUGUUUUCAAAGAUGGAGUUGUUCUUGGGGGUGAUACACGUGCCACCGAAGAUUCUAUUGUGGCAGAUAAAAAUUCUAGAAAAAUUCACUACCUUGCUCAGAACAUGUACUGUUGCGGAGCAGGAACUGCAGCGGAUAAUGAGAUGACUUGUCAAAUGAUUGCUAGUCAAUUGGAAUUACAUCGUUUAAACACUGGUCGUAUUGUACCCGUUUGCACUGCCAAUUCAAUGUUCAAACAAUUUUUGUUUCGGCAUCAAGGUCAUAUUGGUGUAGCUUUGGUGUUAGGUGGUGUUGAUUUAGACGGUCCACAUUUGUAUGCUAUUUUUCCUCAUGGAUCUAGUGAAAAAUAUAUGUUCACCAGUAUGGGCUCGGGAUCAUUAGCUGCAAUGGCUGUACUUGAAAGUAGAUGGAAGCCUGACCUGACGGAGGAAGAAGCCAAAGGGUUGGUUGCAGAUGCUAUUCGAGCGGGUGUUUUCAAUGACUUAGCAUCUGGCUCAAAUGUAGAUUUGUGCGUUAUACGCAAAGGAUCUGUCGAUUAUCUGCGUCCUUAUGAUAUAGCCAAUGUAAAAGGAGAACGUCAAGCGUCUUAUAGAUAUAAAAAGGGAACUACUGCGAUUCUUACUAAAACUGUGCGUCCUAUAAUUAUAGAAGAAGAAACAGUUCGUGUAGUGGAAGCUGAACCAAUGGAUACUUCUUCUUGAAGAUAGAGUCUGCUCUUAAUUUAAUAUUAAAUUGAUAAAAUUUGUGAAUUUUCCUUAAUAAAAUCUUACAUAUAUAAUAUA